GUGAAUGCGUAGAUUGUGUUACUGAUUCACGUUGCGAGAUAUAAGUGGGGUUCUACCUGCCACUGCCCAGGAGGAUGCAAAUAUGUUCGACCGCGUCCGCGAAAAUCUGCCGCUGUUACGGAACUUCACCUUCAAACAUUCCGCCUGGGGAGUUUAUUUUGAAGACUUUCUAGGAAAACCUAACAAGGAUGCGCUGUCUGGAAGGUAUUACACCUUUGACGAAGGAUACUGGGGGGCAAUAUGGUACAAGCCCGUCAACGAGCGUCAGUCAUCGUUCCGGUUCGGAACUAGCUAUUUUACGGACGACGACAUGCCAGGAAGCCCAGUGGGUUUGUACACGCGUACUGAGCCAGCUGAUCGCCAGGCAUUGGAGAGGCUAGUCGAAGAGACACGGAAGCGACGUGAGGGGAGAUAGUACGCUCUUGGGGGAAGGAGGAUCAAUCAUAAGCAAUGCUGAACAAGUUAGAGGAAUUGUGAUUCAUUUCCAUGCAAGGAGUAGACUCUGGUAUCUAUGAUAAAACAACGAUCAUCUCUCUUAACUGCUCUCAUCUUUCCAACAAACGGACCAAGAAACAGGGACCAAAAUUUAAGGAUGUACAAGUGAAACCAAACGAGGAAAAGCCUCCAACCAGGGUGGCCCUAGUUCCCAAUUAUUGAGAUCAC